CUCCCAUUCCCCCUCCCAUUCAACCUCACCAUCCCACCACUCUCCCUCCUCAUCCCAUUCCCCAUCCCCCGACUGGGUUUGAAUAAUGCUUUGUAAAGCAUAAUGGGUUAUAAACCCAAUUAUUCCAAACUCAGCCAUACGACCUAACAGAUCCAUAUUUCUAGUUGAAAUAAAUCACCAGAACAGAAUCAAUUGUGUAUGUUGAAGAUCACACCAGACCUAACCGAUAGUUCCCAAGAAUUUUACAAACCCAACCCGAUUUAUGUAAAGGCCACCAUUGCUUGACCAAUAAUAUUAUUAGCUUUGUUAAACACAGUUCGACGCCAUGAAGAUUUGAAAAGUGGAUUGUUUAUACUCAAUAUGCAAAUAACAGCAACUCUUAAUCAACCUGAAUCAGUUAUAAGAAGACAUUUCCUUACACUUGUCGUUGUCAUCUUAGAGAAUGUUCAAAUUUUGAUUGUUUGUUUUAACGAUUAAUUAUCACUUAAACAAAAAUUCUACUUGAUUUGUAAAUAAGGGAAGAUUUCCCAAAGCUCAAGGUUUACGAAAAUGACAUGUGGCAUGAUACCAUACAGCGGAUGUGCAGUUACGUUCCUUGUUGAUUUUAAUCAUCGUAAAUAUGACUUAAGCUUAGAAUUCUACUUCAAGAAUAUUCAUUUAUAUAAUUUGGAUAAUAAUUCAAAAUUUAGAACAAAAACGAAAAUGACAUUUGACACGACACCAUAAACAAAUUGAUAAAGCGGUUGUGUAGUACUUUCCUUGCUGAAUUUAGUGAUAAUAAAUAGUACUUAGAAUACUACUUCAAGAAUAUUCAAUUAUAUAAAUUUUGACAAUAAUUCCAACCUUAGAACAAAUAAUCUUAUAGCAUGACGCUAUAAAAACGGCAGAUUUUCAUAUUUCUCCCCUUUCAAUUAUUAACAUUCUAACUUUGACAGUACUAACUUUAUAGUUAAACCGUAAAACGAUGGAGGGAAAAGAAAUACACUAUGUUACUAAAUCUGAUAGGACGCUGCUACAACUAAGCACUAGAAUUGACCAGAAAAGGAUGAUUGUUAAAUAUAAAAAUGACGUUAAAUAUGUUCAGAUAUUUGACAAUGAAAAGGGAGCGAAAUACCCGGGAAUUGUACUAAAAUAUGACGAGUAUCUUCAGACGUGUUCGGAUUUACUUCUGAUGGACAAAGGAGAACAUUUCUUUCGCAAUCCUCUCCCCGCAACUGUAUUUCCGAAGAGGACCGGAACGUUUACGGUAAAGUCCUUGACAUAUGACAGUUUCGAACCUGCUCCAACCGCCAGCCUACAAACCAGUCAAACCGCUAGCCUACCAACCAACCCGACUGUCAAUCAACCACCCAGCCCAACCGUCAACCAACCACCCAGCCCAACCGUCAACCGACCACUUAGCCCAACUGCUAACCAACCGUCCAGUGAAUGUCAGCAUGGGGAAGAGAAAUGCGAGCUCGAUGAGGAGGAUAUGCAAACCCUCACCAACCUUUUAGAAGUGAUUGGGGGGAAUGAAGAUUUCCCGGCAGCCUCAACAGAUUGCUUCCCACACCCACAAUUAUGUGCAAUUCCAGUAGCAAUACUUCCUGUUGACUCAACACCAGCGCCAAUACUCCCCACUGACUCGACACCAGCAGCAAUAAUCCCCACCGGCACGAUACCAGCACCAAUACUUUCCGGUGAUUUAACAUAUGCGCCUCCAACCUCUAAAAUUCUCACCCCAUAUCAACCUGCGGUUGAACCAAUUUCACCCGCAAAGGUUAAGAAAGGACUGAAAGUUAAAAACCCAGGAUUUAAACGAUACAGGACAUUUCCAUUUUCAUCUUUACCAUCUUAUAAGGAAAUUAAAUCAGUGGAAAGCCCAAUGUGAUUUUUUUUUUGAACAGUGUAAUAAAAUUUAGACAGUAUAAAGAAAAAAAAAUGUCAAAUUUAAAUAAUAACAUUUUUUUGUAUACAGUUGAUUUAUGUGAGUAUAGCAGUAAAGAUGAAAAAUGGAAAAGUCCUAUGUCAUUUUAAUCCAACGUUUUUAACUUUGGUUUUCCUCAAUUUUUAAUCAGUUUUAUUUUCAAGACAGAAAAAUGCAAUUUUAUUUUAUGUAUAUAUCUAAAAAAUGUCUUUUUCAUACAGUUGAUUUACAUUUAAUUGUUUGUAUUGCACUAGAAGACAUACACUUUAUAGUAUAUUUUCUUACGUAUUUUAUAUAUCUUAAUUCAUUUAUCGAGUGAAUAAAUCUUG